AUUACUCCCUGCAACCCUAGGACAUUUUAUUGUUCUUUAGACCCACUGGCAUCAACUGUAGGAAGGACAUUAGAAAUAAUGGUUACAGAAGACUUGGUGAUGGGGGAAGGCAUGUGAAAGAGAAACCAACAAAAGGCUAAGGUCAGGUUUAUCAAUAUACAGUCCACACUGGUUUCAUAUGUGACAAGGAGGCAAGCAAACAGUGGAGAAUGGCCGUAGAUAUGAUGCAGAUAAGCAAGAAAGAAAAAUUAAGGACAAAAAGACAGAGCAGUUUCUAAAAAAUCAGAUUGUGCACUUCAAAAGAAUACCAUAAAGGCUCAUCAUCUUAAUCAAUUAUUGAUUACACCUUGGGACUUUCCACCAAUUCCAUUUGAUGCUGCUUUUAAAAUGACUUUUAUGGAGUCUACUCGAGUGCUGAUCUUUACGCGGAAAUAACAGAAAAUUCCAAGAAAUGGAAGCCGCUGCUAGUAGAAGAAGAAAAGCUGAGUAUCAUCAGGGUUAAUAGCUCCUACAUGAGAUCCAUGAAUGAUUACAGAGUUACUUUUCUAUAUCGAACUUUCAAGUUUCAUUAAUAAUAUGGUGCCUCUUCAGGACGUAGGUGUACUCAUGGUACGAAGGCUAUUUAUUCAUCACAUGAAAUAGAAGAGCUAGAGGCACAAUGGCUUCAAAGGUCUCAUGCUUAUACGUUUUGACAGUAGUUUGUUGGGCAAGCGCUCUUUGGUACUUAAGUAUAACUCGUCCUACUUCUUCCUACACUGGCCACAGACAGCUCAGCAGCAUAUCCAUAGCCAGAAAAAAUGUUUCAUUUGGCAACAUAAGAACUCGACCUAUAAAUCCACAUUCCUUUGACUUUCUUAUCAAUGAACCCAACAAAUGUGAGAAGAGUGCCCCUUUCUUGGUCAUUCUUAUCAGCACAACUCACAAAGAGUUUGAUGCAAGGCAAGCCAUCCGAGAAACAUGGGGAGAUGAAAACAACUUUAAAGGAAUUAAAAUCGCCACACUAUUUCUUCUUGGAAAAAAUGCAGAUCCUGUGUUAAAUCAAAUGGUAGAGCAAGAAAGCCAAAUUUUUCAUGACAUUAUUGUGGAGGAUUUUAUCGACUCUUAUCAUAACCUCACUCUGAAAACAUUGAUGGGGAUGAGGUGGGUAGCAACAUUUUGCUCAAAAGCAAAGUAUGUUAUGAAGACAGACAGUGAUAUUUUUGUAAAUAUGGAUAAUCUUAUUUAUAAGCUGCUCAAACCUAACACCAAGCCAAGGAGAAGGUACUUCACUGGUUACGUCAUAAACGGAGGACCAAUAAGAGAUGUUCGCAGUAAGUGGUAUAUGCCAAGAGAUUUGUAUCCCGACAGCAAUUACCCACCCUUCUGUUCAGGCACCGGCUACAUUUUUUCAGCUGACGUAGCAGAACUGAUUUACAAAACCUCCCUUCAUACCAGACUACUUCAUCUUGAAGAUGUGUAUGUUGGACUCUGUCUUCGGAAGCUGGGCAUUCACCCCUUCCAGAACAGUGGCUUCAAUCACUGGAAAAUGGCCUACAGCUUGUGCAGGUACCGCAGGGUGAUCACAGUGCAUCAGAUAACACCAGAAGAAAUGCACAGAAUUUGGAAUGACAUGUCCAGCAAGAAACAUCUUAGAUGUUAAGAUUUUUACAGAUGUAAAUACCUUUUUUU